AUGGCACAAUACGGAAAACCUGAAUACUGGGAAGACCGUUACCAGAAAGACAAGGAACCAUUUGACUGGUACCAAAGAUACAGUGGUAUUAAGGACGUUAUCACUCAAUAUAUCUAGCCAACUUUCCAAAUCUUGAAUAUUGGAUGUGGAAAUUCAAGAUUAAGUGAGGAAAUGUAUGAAGAUGGCUACCAACACAUCACUAACAUUGACAUCUCCUUUACAGUAGUAAAGCAAAUGCAAGAGAUGUACAAGGAGAAGAUCCCAAAUCUACCUUUCAAAUAAAUGGAUGUUCGUAGUUUGUAAUACGACGAUGGAACUUUCGAUUCAGUCAUUGAUAAAGGAACUUUUGACUCAAUUCUCUGUGGUGAUGGAUCAGGUCCAAACGCAGAUUAGAUGCUUAGUGAAAUAUAUAGAGUGCUCUCACCAACUGGAGUGUAUAUCUGCAUCAGCUAUGGGCUUCCAGAUCAGAGAAUGGGAUAUUUCUAAAAACCAGAGUUUUAUUGGACUAUCUUCCAACAUAAAAUUGCCAAGCCCACCAUCUCAACUUCAGCGGUUGUAGCUCAAGAAGAUAAAAAUGAGAAGAAUUUCCACUACAUCUAUGUACUUAGAAAGCAAGUUGAACCCAAGGAUAAAUGA